UUCGCCGUUCGUGUCGUCGCUUCGGGAUGCGAGAAGUGGGCGAUGAUGAAGACUGGAUGCUCUACUGGUGUGACACUUCAGUCUCUCUCCAGAGGGUCAUGGAGAUGAAGAAAUACCAGAAAAUCAACCAUUUCCCGGGCAUGGCCGAGAUCUGUCGGAAGGAUCUGCUUGCCAGGAACAUGAACAGGAUGGUGAAGCUCUUCCCCAAAGACUAUGCCAUCUUCCCCAAGUCAUGGUGUCUACCAGCCGAUUUUGGUGACUUCCAAGCCUACACUAGACAGAAAAAGAACAAGACGUUUAUUUUGAAGCCAGAGUCCGGCAGCCAAGGAAAAGGCAUAUGGAUCUGCAAGAACGCCAAGGAUAUCAAACCCAACGAACAUGCCGUCUGCCAGCAAUAUGUAUCCAAGCCCCUUUUGGUCGACGGGUUCAAGUUUGACCUCAGAAUCUACAUAUGUGUGACUUCGUGUGAUCCCCUGAGGAUAUACGUAUGGAGAGAUGGACUUGCUAGAUUUGCCACUGUCAAAUACGUCGACCCCACAUCCCAAAAUGCCCGCUUAGAGACUGAGGAUGAAGUCUUCAUGCACUUGACAAACUAUGCUAUCAACAAGACUUCGAAGGAAUUCAUCAGAGACGAGGAGCACGGGAGUAAGCGCAGACUGAGCACCCUCUACCGGCAGAUGCAGGAGCAGGGAGUGGAUGUGGACAAACUGAAGAACGACAUCAAUGACGUCAUGAUCAAGACCCUGAUUGCGGCACAUCCCGUGCUCAAACACAACUACAGGACAUGCUUCGCCAACCACAUCAAGGGCAGUGCGUGUUUUGAGAUCCUUGGCUUCGACGUGCUUCUGGAUCGGAAGAUGCGUCCGAUAGUGCUGGAAGUGAAUCACUCGCCCUCCUUCUCCACCGACUCCCAGCUGGACCGGGAGCUGAAGGACAACCUGGUGCUGGACACCCUGGGACUGCUCAACUUCUCCGCUUCAGACCGGAAAAGGUGCCAGGAGGAAGAGAGGAGGAGGGUACAAGACAGACUUCUUAAGACUAAGAGCAGGGACUCCAGGAAGCAAGAGCUAGACGAGCUCCUGGAGACGACUACGCAACAGAUGGUAAAGUACGAGUUGGAGCAUAGUUCGGGAUACUACCGCAUCUACCCGCCCUUGCCUGACAGCGGACUGCAGGAGAGCAAGUACCUCAAAUUCUUCGAGCACAGUGGGACCCUCUUCUCCGAAACAGUGGCCAGCAAGGCGAGAGGGGAGGCCGCCCGGCAACUUAGGGAAGACCUCAAGAGCAAGGUCGACACCAGUCCUAGUCACAAGGACAAGAAUAAACAGUCGGCACAGCAUAAGUCAGAUGGAAGUGUGCGGCCGGAAAGUCCGGCUGGGUUGACUAAGAAGAGGAUUCUUCAAAGGCCGGUGUCCCAGAGACUACUGCAGGCAAAGAAACGAGAUGGAGCACGAUCUCAGUCCAUCUCCAGGAUCUCGAAUGAGGUCACACCAGCUGGGGCAGCCGAUACCAUGGAUACACGGACGCCCCUGGAUAUCUCUGAGGAAGAUAUUCUUGAGAGGCAGAGUGUGAUGUUGCAGAGGGACAACUUAGUGAGGAGUCUGGGUGUUGUGGAGUUAGUGCACAGACUGCUCCAGUCCUCCCAGGCACCCACUGGAUACCCGCCAGUGUUCAAAGACAAAGUGGAGUCCUUCCGUGAAAAGUACAACUUAGCCCAGUACGGAGUUGGGGGUCCCAUCAGCGCUCAUAGACCCCCGAUGAUGGCCACUGGAACCACCCAAAUAGUCGCCAAAAACCUCCCAGCGCCCUCUUUGCCCCACAAUUUGGCAGCCAGGGCCAAGCUGAUGGCGUUCAACAAGCCACGUGGAACCAGUGUUGCCGGACACUAUGACCGCAUAGGGCACUCGGCCAGUUCAGAAGACAUGAUGAGACAACAACAGCAACAUUACCAGCAGCAUAAUGGAGACAAUGGAUCCGGAGGCGCCAGUGGGCUCAUGAUCAAGACAAAUCCAUCAAACAACAGAUUCAUGCUCGAAGCUCGUGGCCCAUCACUAACUGGGGGAGCGAACUCUGCCUCCUACCAAAAGUACAAUGUGGGCGGGGUCCAGAGUGGAGGCGGGGCUGCCCAGCUGGUGGCGAAGGGGGGAGGGGGCUUGACAGGGGGAGACAUCAUAUCCGCUUCAUUCCAUGCACCCCACCAUUCUAAUAAUAUCAACAGAGGACCGGCCAUCAAGGUCAAAGCAAUUCAAGGCACCCCUUGUAACCCACUAGAGGUGCACAAUAGUCAUGGGUUAGCGGUGGUAGUGCCCUACAGCAGGGCGGUAUCAGCCAACUUAAAACCGACCAAGAAUUCUUCAAACACCACAGUACUGCAGACAGCAGUUCGUAUAAAAAGCGGGGGCAAUUAUAGAAACGCCCAAUUGGCCAGAGAGAAUUGUUUCGUGGUGCGAAACUCGGCAAAAACGAAUUGACUUGAAAAUGGUAAUCGGUCGCAUCAUCGCAGUUCGACUAUCCAUAGUUGCAUAGAUUCACCCUCCGGAGCCACUCAGCAUCGAUUCAUGUCAUUUUUAGUCUGUUUUUCUGCUGGUUCUCAAACCGAGAUUUUAACGCUAAAACUGGUAUAAUUAUUAAGUCUAAUGCAUGGAUGAUUGCUGUCGGCAGCGGUUUUUUUUAGGUCGACCAAAUUGAUUUUCUGAGCCCUCCCAAAUCACUAUAAAUACCAUAUUUAUUUUGUUGAAAUUUUCGGAAAGUUUUGACCAAAAACGCGUUUUUUUCCAAAAAUGGAUAUCUCAAAAUAGUACAAAGUGGGGACCCUUUGAGUCGGCAGGGUAUCGAAUCCCUGAGGGGGGGGGGGGGCAUCUGCCUCUCCCCUCUAAAUCCGCUGCUACAUCUCUGUGUAAUUUUGUCCAAAAAAAAAACGAAAUUUAGAAGUUCAUCGACGAAUUGUUUGAAAAUCAUUCAAUUCAAACAAUUUCAUGUAAAUGCUUUUCCCUUUUUUAUGAUUUUUUAUUUUAAUCUUAGAGUCCUUGUUAACAAUCACAAAUCUAUUUCUAAAACUGACUUAAAUUUUAUGAAGUGUUUUCCAGCCAUCACAUUUUAUCCCUGCUCAGAUUUUUAACUUAGAUCAAUUUUGUUUUGA